UGUACGCUUGGUUCGCUUCCUCGGCGCCGCAAGCUACAAAGAUUCUGAUUGGUCAGUAACGACAGGAAGCAGGAGAGCUCGGCAUUUAUAGAGGUGCUGUCAAGUUCACAACAGCAAACCUUGGUCAUCUCUCGCAUUGUCAUCUCGAACCGAAUUCAGCUAAGGUCGCGUCCUAACCUGAGGGAGAACGAAGUAGACAGCCACGAGAUUGCUGCGGAUUUUGUCCCCGCAUUUAAAAAGAAGCUAUUUGCUCCUAAAUUCCCAGAGAUAUAGCGGUGGACGAGUCGCAAAUCUAAGAAAAGGUAUGGCUGCGUACAAAUUGGUUCUGAUCCGUCAUGGAGAGAGCUGCUGGAAUCAAGAAAAUCGCUUCUGUGGAUGGUUCGACGCAGACCUAAGUGAGACCGGUGAGCAAGAGGCGAAGAGAGGAGGCCAGGCUCUGAAAGACGCCGGCUACGAGUUUGACGUGUGCUACACCUCCGUCCUGAAGAGGGCCAUCCGCACCCUGUGGCUGGUGCUGGAUGGCAUCGACCAGAUGUGGCUCCCCGUCCACCGCACCUGGCGCCUGAACGAGCGCCACUACGGCGGCCUGACCGGGCUGAACAAGGCGGAGACGGCCGAGAAGCACGGCGAGGCCCAGGUGAAGAUCUGGAGGCGGAGCUAUGACACCCCGCCGCCUCCUAUGGAGGAGGACCAUGACUUCUACAACAACAUUACCAAGGACCGUCGCUAUGGGGACCUGUCGGAGGACGAGCUGCCGUCCUGCGAGAGUCUGAAGGACACCAUCGCCCGGGCCCUGCCCUUCUGGAACGACGAGAUCGUCCCACAGAUCAAGGACGGGAAGAGGGUUCUCAUCGCUGCCCAUGGCAACAGCCUCCGAGGAAUCGUGAAACACUUGGAGGGUAUGUCGGAGGAGGCCAUCAUGGAGUUGAACCUCCCCACUGGAAUCCCCAUCCUGUACGAGCUGGAUAAGAACUUGAAGCCCGUGGCGCCCAUGCAGUUCCUGGGAGACGAGGAGACCGUGAAGAAGGCAAUGGAGGCUGUGGCGGCCCAGGGCAAGGCCAAGAAAUAGACCCGUUGCCCCCCCCCCCCCCCCCCGUGUACGAGAGCAGUCCGCGCGGCAAGAGUCAAUCUCACAUCCACCGUGGAUAGCACACGGUCACACAUACACAGACGGUGAACCACAGACAUCUCCUUGCAAUAUAAGUGGAAUUGAUAGGCGUUUGCUUCCUGCACAUGUUCCCUCAGCAUUGACAUUGUAUCAGUAUUAUAACAGGCAUCAAUGGGCACAGAUAAUCACAAUAGGAGUUGACAAAAACACACUGGAUACGGCCCAGCUACUAUUUAAAGGAUCCAAGAACACACUGGAUAGGGACCAGAAAGUAGUUAAAGUCUACAAAAACACACUGGAUAGUAACCAGCUAAUAUUUACAGUAUACAAAAACCCCACUGGAUGGGAACCAGCUAGUAUUUAAAGUCUACAAAAACACAUUGCACCAGAUAAUAAUGUAUUUCUCUAAAAGGGGAAAUUUGCAUCUUGAUGAAUUGACUAUUAUCCAUGACAAAAAAGUGGGUGCCAAGAUGUAUAAAUUCCACCAAACAAAUUGUUUUUGUUUUAAAGAAAUGUAUAAACUCGAGGGGCUUAUUUUAAUUCAGCAUAUUUUGACUAAUGUUUUUGCAAGUAAAACAUUUUGAUUUGAGGAAUAAACGCGCCCCUUGGUUGAUGCAGCGCUAUAGUCGUUGCAGCUCUAUGGUAACGGUUACUAUUGCUGAAAAUGGCCGGUUAACGCGAUCUUUUCUGUGAAAUGUCAUCCUCAUUCAAGAGUUCCUACUCCCUUUCUUAUUUUAACGGUAUGCUGUUGACUUCUGCUUAUUGUUCCGUGUUAAAUAAAUUAAAGUUGAAUGUUAUUAUUUAUGAGCCAACAUAAAUGAGUGCAACUUUUGUAUUCUUUUAGUUGAGGUGGCAGAGUUGAUUAAAUGUAUUCUGGACUGUU